AUGUAUCAUUCUCUUCACAGUCUCAUAAUUCCAUCUGUAAUGGAAAUUUAUUCAGAAUAUUGUGUGUUAAUCAUAAUCACUCUGUUUUCUCUUAUUUUCAUCAUCAAAUACUACAAGAAAUCAAAAUCCCAAAAUGGAAAUACAAAAAAAUUCCCUCCUGGAAGAAGAGGCUGGCCAAUUAUUGGUGACAGCUUUAAUUGGUAUAAUGCUGUUGCCAGUUCUCAUCCUCCUUGUUUUGUUGAACAGCAAGUUCAAAAGUAUGGGAAGAUAUUUUCAUGUAGUUUACAUGGAAAAUGGGCUGUGGUAUCAGUGGACCCUGUUUUUAACAAAUUUGUAAUGCAAAAUGAAGGGAAAUUAUUCCAAUCAAGUUAUCCAAAAUCUUUCAGAGAUUUAGUUGGAAAAAAUGGAAUAAUCACAGCACAAGGAGAACAACAGAGGAAACUUCACUCUAUUGCAUCUAAUAUGAUGAGAUUAGAUAAACUUAAGUUUCAUUUUUUGAAUGAUAUACAAAGGGUUAUUCAAGAAACAUUGCAUAAUUUUCAACAUAAUGAGGUUAUUCUACUUCAAGAUGUUUGUAGAAAGCUAGCCAUUAAUUUGAUGGUUAAUCAAUUGCUGGGAGUGUCAAGUGAAUCAGAGGUGAAUGAGAUGGCUCAGUUAUUCUCAGAUUUUGUGGAUGGAUGCCUCUCUGUUCCAAUCAAUAUGCCUGGUUUUGCUUACCAUACUGCUAUGAAGGCAAGAGAGAAUAUUAUAAUCAAGAUAAACAAGAUAAUUGAGACACAUAGAAAGGAAGCAUCCAAUGGGAAUGGUGUGAUUUAUAGAUUGUUGGAGGAAGAAAGCUUACCAGAUGAAGCUGUUGCUGAUUUCAUUAUAAACCUCUUGUUUGCUGGAAAUGAAACCACAGCUAAAACCAUGGCAUUUGCUGUUUACUUCUUGACUCAAUCUCCCAAAGCCAUGAAGCAACUACAGGAUGAGCAAGAGAGCUUUAGAAAUGAGAAAGGUAGCAACUUUGAUAAUGAGGAGAUGCUCUCUUGGCAAGAUUACAAAGCUAUGCCUUUUACUCAAUGUGUAAUAGAUGAAACUCUUAGGCUAGGAGGCAUUGCAAUAUGGUUGAUGAGAGAAGCCACAAACGAUGUCGUAUAUGGAGACUAUGUUAUACCCAAAGGGUGCUUUGUGGUUCCAUUUCUCUCAGCAGUUCAUCUAAAUGAAAAUAUUUACGAUGAACCUAGAAUUUUCAACCCUUGGAGAUGGAUGAAACCUGAAAAUCAGGAAAAAAGAAAUUGGAGAAGUAGCCCAUUUUUUGCCCCAUUUGGAGGAGGUGGACGCUUUUGCCCUGGCGCUGAAUUAUCUCGUCUUCAAAUUGCACUAUUUAUUCAUUACUUCGUCACUACUUAUAGGUGGAAACAAGUAAAGGAAGAUCGUAUGUCAUUUUUUCCAUCUGCUCGUUUGGUCAAUGGCUUUCAGAUACAAUUAACCAGGAAUUAAGCUGCCCCACAUAAUAACUAAUAUGUAUUAUUUCUUUUAUUGAUGUUUCUGAAUUCCAAUUUGCAAUUAAAUCAUGUACUAUUAUACUCUAUUUAUUAGUUUGUUUAUUUUUCAUGUUGUGAUAUAAAAUGUUUUGUACUAAUAAAAAUCUAUU